UGGUUCUUUUUUUAUUAUUCUGCAGCGUUACCGCAUGCUGCUGCACGGCGUCUGCAGGCUCCUGCUGUACCUGUGGCUGCCGGUCGCUAGGGGACCCUGAUCGGCGCGGUGCCUCGGAUCAGGCUGCGCUGCCUGCGAGAGCACAGUCGGGCACCAGUCGCCGCCACUGCGCGUCGCUGAAGAUGUUGCAACAGCAGCCUCUGACGGGCAAUGGGCCAUCCAACGGCCGGGUACUCGGCGUGAGCGGCCACUCCGGGAUGCAUGCGCACAACUCGGUUCGUCAACCUUCCCAGCACCGGUCAGACGAGUCGGGCCUCGAGGGCACAGAAAACGGACAUGAGACCCGCAGAGACAUCGGUGACAUACUGCAGCAAAUCAUGACCAUCACCGACCAAAGUUUGGAUGAGGCACAAGCAAAAAAACACGCACUCAACUGUCACCGUAUGAAGCCUGCUCUAUUCAGCGUUUUGUGCGAGAUUAAAGAAAAAACUGGCCUUUCGAUGAGGAACAACCAGGAGGAGGAGCCUCAGGAUCCCCAGCUGGUGCGUUUGGACAACAUGCUGCUGGCUGAGGGAGUCGCAGGACCAGAGAAAGGUGGAGGAGCUGCUGCCGCCGUGUCAGCCGCCACCAGCUCGGGGGGAAUGUCACCUGACAGCUCGCUCGAACACUCCGACUACAAAAGCAAGUUGAGCCAGAUUCGCAGUAUCUACCACACUGAGCUGGAGAAGUAUGAGCAGGCGUGCACUGAAUUCACCACCCAUGUCAUGAACCUGCUGAGGGAGCAGUCACGCACUCGACCCGUCACCCCGCGGGAGAUCGAGCGCAUGGUCGCCAUCAUCCAUCGCAAGUUCAGCUCCAUCCAGACGCAGCUGAAGCAGAGCACAUGUGAGGCUGUGAUGAUCCUGAGGUCUCGCUUCCUGGAUGCCAGACGUAAGAGGCGUAACUUCAGUAAACAGGCUACAGAGGUCCUCAAUGAGUAUUUCUACUCCCAUCUGUCCAACCCGUAUCCCAGUGAAGAAGCCAAAGAAGAACUCGCCAAACAGUGUGGCAUUACCGUGUCUCAGGUCUCUAACUGGUUUGGCAACAAAAGAAUUCGCUACAAGAAAAACAUUGGCAAGUUCCAGGAGGAGGCCAACCUUUACGCCAUGAAGACGGCCCUGGGGACCAGACAAGGGGACGAUUCUCCACACACUCCAAACUCUACAGGGUCAGGGUCCUUCUCUCUUUCCGGGUCGGCUGACAUGUUCCUCGGGGUUCCAUCUGUGAACGGAGAGCAGUCUGCCUACCAAAUGCAGUCUAACGGGAACUGGGCAGGUCGAAACUCGCCCCCCUCUGGCACUUCACCCCAUAGCGACCAGUCGGAAAACUCAGACUGAUGGCCCCGCCCACCGGCACAGAACGACAGCGACGGAACGAUUGACGACGGAGAAGACAGAAAGAAUGAUAUCACACUUCCCACUUGGCUGCAGUUGUUUUUGUAUAUUGUUUGUUUUGGUUAUUUUAAAUGGACGUUGUUGUUUGUUUUGGAACCGCCCAGCGUAGGUCACUAUUAUUCUGUUUGUGUGAUUAGCCGAGUGCACGGACGGUAGAGUGAGUGUGUGUUGUGUGCAUGCAGGUUUGGUUUGUAGGGUUUGUUUUCCACUACUUUGACUUGUUACUAAACUGUGUUUGUGAUCGGGACGGGGGAAGGGUGAUGGCUGGGAUGGCAUUAUCUUUGUUUUUAGCACACUAUAUCAUUAUUAUUAUUAUUAAUAUUAUUAUUGCUUUCCUUAUUAGUGCAACACAUAUUUUCAUUUUAACAACUCAGAAAGGAGAGAAUGCGUUUACAGAAUGAGAGGGCAAUAGAGAAAAAUCCAAAGAUUUUGUGUGUUCUGUUUGUUUUUCCUGUCCUGUUUUUCUUUUUCCUCGUGUAUUUUUGCUGCCGGGCUCGUUUGUCCCAGUAAAGCAAAUGAGGCGUGUCUGAGUCGUGUUAAUGGUUUGAAUGAGUGUGUCCACAGUUCUGUCUCUUUUCUGUACAGUGAAACAUCUGUAUUCUCUCUACCUCUUUUACAAUAAAGACUCUGUAUUCACAGCA